AUGAUUGCUACCACACCAAUCCGAUCAAGCACCCGAUCACGAACGCUACCGCAUCCUCCAGCAGGCGUGCGCGCUGCCGUGCCGCACAUGGGCAGCAGGCACACCAUGCUUGCUCGAACUCGUACCCACCGCACCGCAUGCCGCACAACCAGCCAGGCGAGCAAGGCCGCCGCCGACCAACCACGGGUGCCUGUCCAUUUCCGACCGUGUUUCCCCAUACCCGUCCCGGCCCCCCCGGAAGCGCAGAAUCGAAAGAUAUCACCGAUAGGGGCUUUCUGCCUGCCCGGAGGAGCGUACGAAUCAAGUGCUCCCACCAUGCGGGGUGCAAGGGUUGCCGCUGGAGAGGAGAGUGUCGCUGCACCCCGCCUCGCGUUGACAAGUCUCGCCACCACCAACUAUACUCUGUACAGUACAUGUACAGUGCAAGGUUCCGCAGGAAGUACCUGUACCGUAUGUACUUACAGCAUAGAGUGA